GCCUCCUCCUCCUCUGCCUGGGGGCCCGGCUCCUGCCUCGCCCCGCACACAGCGCCCGGGCGCCUGGCGCGGGGCUCGGCUCGGCGGAGGCAGCGGGAGGGAUGACGAUGCAGGUUCUGCUGCUGUUGAUGCUGACUACACUGUUAACUGGAAGAGUCCAAGCUGGCGGAAAGACUUACACAGGACCAUGUGCAGGAAGAGACUGUAGUGGAGGAUGUCAGUGUUUCCCUGAAAAAGGAAGCCGUGGCCAACCAGGACCACUUGGACCACAGGGAUUCCCUGGACCACCAGGAUUAAUAGGUAUACCAGGUUUAGAAGGUCCCAAAGGUCAUAAAGGUGAAAGAGGGCAACCAGGAAUAACUGGACCAAAAGGAGACCAGGGCUUAAGAGGAGUUACUGGCUUUCCUGGGGCAGAUGGUGUUCCUGGUCAUCCAGGCCAGCCAGGGUCAAGAGGAAAACCAGGUCAUGAUGGCUGCAAUGGUACAACAGGUGACCCUGGUGAACAGGGAAUCCAGGGCCCCCCAGGUCAAUUUGGUUUCACUGGAGCCCAAGGACCAAAAGGGCAGAAGGGAGAACCAUAUGUAUUGCCUUCUGAAGUAGCAGAACAAUACAGAGGGGAGAUGGGUGAACCAGGAAUUAAGGGCUUUCCAGGACCUCAGGGUGAGCCUGGUCCUGUGGGCUUUAUUGGUCCAAAAGGGAGGCCAGGAAGACCAGGACGACCGGGGCCGCCAGGACCUCCAGGAGAAAAAGGCAACAGAGGCCUUGGCUUUUAUGGAGAAAAAGGUGAAAAGGGCGAGAUAGGUCCCAAAGGUUCUCCUGGGCGUCCAUCUACAAGGGAGUUUACAACUUCCACAGAUUUCUCAAUGGAUGACUACAAGGGUGAAAAAGGAAUGCAAGGAAAAAGAGGAGAUCCUGGAAGUUCAGGCUCCCCUGCAUUUUCAGCUGAAAAGGGAGAAGAAGGGAGAAUGGGUUUUCCAGGACAAAGGGGAUUGCCAGGCAUCAAGGGCAUUCAAGGACCUGUUGGAGAAGCAGGUCCUACAGGAUUUUAUGGCUCCCCAGGCUAUGAUGGUCCUAAAGGAACGAAGGGAGAGCAGGGAGAAAGGGGUAUCCAAGGAUUGCCUACUUACGUUCCUUAUCCCAUUCCAAGAAAAGGUGUCAGAGGUGACCCAGGAGUACCAGGUUUCCAUGGGCCUAGAGGAGAGUUGGGGGAAAAAGGAGAUCCUGGAAUUCCUGGUUGGCCUGAAACAUUGGAUGGGCUUGAUGACUUGGACAAAAGAGGUUUACCUGGAGAAAUGGGACCCAAAGGUUAUAAGGGAGAACCAGGUUUUUCAGCUUUUCAGCCAGGGAUACCUGGCUUUCCUGGUCAGCCUGGACCAAAAGGAUUCCCUGGCCCCCCAGGCCCAAAAGGCAGUUCAUUCAUCUCAUUUGGACUGAAGGGACGCACCGGGGAUCCAGGUGAAGCAGGCAGCCAAGGUUUCCCUGGACCACGAGGAGAUAAAGGAUUUAAAGGUGAAACAGGGGAUUGUAAGUGUACCAGAAGUGAUGAAGCCAGAAAGGGUUCUGCUGGUCUACCUGGUCCACCAGGUUUUGAAGGCCCACCUGGAGAGCCUGGAAGGAAAGGAGAGCCUGGCGAUCAAGGUCAACAUGGCAUUCCAGGCUUCCCUGGGACAGAAGGCUUCCCUGGUGAAACUGGAUACCCUGGACCAAGAGGGCAGAAAGGAGAUUCUAUUUAUAUAACGACUAAAGGUAUUAAAGGAGAUCCAGGAGAUCCUGGGCUGGCUGGUGUUCAAGGUGACGAUGGUUUACCAGGAAAAGAUGGCACACAUGGUUUACCAGGACCCACUGGCCUUCCAGGUGAUGGUAUCAGAGGUCUCCCAGGUGACCCUGGUUUUCCAGGCCCGACAGGUGUUAAGGGCUUCCAAGGAGAUGCUGGACUGCCAGGUGUUGGUUUACCUGGCUCAAAAGGAUUUCAUGGUCUUCCAGGGGACCAUGGAACAUAUGGAAAGUCUGGACCUCCAGGUCCUCCAGGUCCUCCAGGAGAUCCAGCUCAGCUAGGUUGUGACCAAGUUCCUGAAGAUCUUUCUAGAGGAGAUGGAAGGGAGCCAAUUUGGCCAGGUGCAGGCUGUGUGAGAGCACCAACAGGACAACCAGGAAAGCCAGGAUUCCCAGGAUCUACAGGUUCAAAAGGUGCAAAAGGGAUUCCAGGUGAUCCAGGUCUAGAUGGAUUUCAAGGCCUGAAAGGUUUUCCGGGUGACCCUGGUCAAGAAGGAUUACCAGGUCCUCCAGGAUUUCCUGGACCCAGGGGAGAAAGAGGCCCAUCAGGUUUACCUGGUCAACAGGGGGAAAAGGGUAUUUCAGGAAAACCAGGAGUCCAAGGGCCUGAAGGACCAAAGGGAGUUGCAGGUGAAGUUUUAGGAGCAUCAGCAGGCUCCAUUGGUGAUGUCGGACUACCUGGAUUACCUGGAUUAAAAGGUCCACCAGGAAAUCAAGGAGUACCAGGACUGCAAGGAGCUGGUGGUAUCCCAGGUUCACCAGGAUCCAAAGGUGAGCCAGGUCUCCAAGGCCCUCGUGGCUUGAUUGGUCUGCCAGGAGAACCAGGAUCACAUGGAUUCCCAGGGAUUCCAGGACAGCAAGGACCAGCUGGGAGAGGUGGUAUAACUGGACACAUUGGGUCACCUGGUGCCAGGGGAGAUCACGGUGAACAAGGUUUUCCUGGCCCAGUGGGUAUGAAAGGUCUAUCUGGUGAUAAAGGUGAACCAGGUAUCCCAGGAAUACAAGGUAUACCUGGUAAGACUGGUCUCCCUGGCAUAGAUGGAAUGCAUGGCCUUCAAGGAUAUAAAGGUGCUAAGGGUUCCCCUGGCAUUGAAGGUUUCAAAGGCAUGACAGGCAACCGAGGAUUUCAAGGACAUAAAGGAUUCAAAGGAGAAACAGGCUUUUUUGGCAUUUAUGGUCCAAAAGGUGAACAGGGUAUACCAGGCUCCAAAGGUGACCGUGGGGAACAAGGAGAACCAGGAGAGCCACCAAAAAUAGAGGCCAAAAUGCUUAAGGAAGUUAAAGGUGAAAAAGGAGAUAGUGGACAAACUGGCAUAGCAGGGGAUCCUGGCUUUAAAGGUCUUAAAGGAAUGCCAGGUAUACCUGGUAAACCAGGAUUCCCAGGUUUUCCUGGACAGCCUAGUCAUGUUUCUGGUGCAAAGGGAGACAUUGGUAGUAAAGGAGUAUCAGGUAGUCCAGGGUAUCCAGGACAAGCUGGCUCUCCUGGUAUCAGAGGCUUCCCUGGAAGCACAGGAAUCAGAGGUGAAAAGGGUACUCCAGGAUUUACAGGCCUUUUUGGUGAAUCUGGCUUACCCGGUGAAUCUGGUGACCCAGGAGAUACUAUAAACUUACCAGGAAGCCCAGGUCUUAGAGGAGAGGUUGGUACACCUGGAUCCUCAGGUGUGAGAGGAAGCCCAGGAGAAAAAGGUCAAAGAGGUGAUCCUGGUUUUUCUGGGAUUGAGGGCUUGAAAGGAUUACAAGGUCUUCCUGGUAUAAAAGGACAAAGCGGUUUCCCAGGACUUGUUGGGCCACCAGGACAACAAGGAGACCCAGGUGCUCCUGGACUUCCAGGUGAAAAAGGAACUAGGGGAUGGCCUGGUUUAGCAGGACCAACAGGUUUACCUGGCUUACGAGGAAUCAGUGGACCGAGUGGUUUGCCUGGCACAAAAGGCCUGCCUGGAUCACCAGGUCUGGAUGAUUAUGGGCCUUCAGGCUUCCCAGGUGGCCCUGGUGACAAAGGACAAAUAGGAGACCCAAGCACUUUUGAAGGUGCCAGAGGAGGUCCUGGUCAGAAAGGGGAGAGAGGCAAUCAAGGGGAGCGAGGGCCAGCUGGUUCCCCAGGGCAUGAUGGAAUUCCAGGCCCUCCUGGAGUGUCAAACAUAUCAGGAAUCCGGGGUGAUGUUGGUUCUCCAGGCCUACAUGGUGUGCCAGGCUAUAAAGGAGAACAGGGCAGGCACGGAAUACCAUCUCCACCAGGAAGCAAAGGAGAAACUGGGCAAAUAGGCGUGAUUGGAGAAGAUGGCCCAAAAGGCACUAGGGGUGACCCUGGUCUAACAGGAAAACCAGGGAUUCUAGGGAGCUUUGGAGAAAAAGGCCAGAAAGGGGAAGAAGGUGUCAUGGGCCCUGUUGGCACAGUGGGAAUUCCUGGUGACAGAGGCCCCACUGGACCCAAGGGGAAUAGAGGAGUUACUGGCCUUCAGGGACCUCCAGGCUCUCCUGGGCUGUCUCCCAUACCCUCUAAGAGGCUUGCUGAGGUUGGUGCACCAGGCCCACGUGGGCAGAGAGGGCCCCAAGGAAUUCCAGGAGAGAUUGGGCCCCAGGGUCCAUUAGGUGAUUUAGGUUUUAGAGGUGCACCUGGUAAACAAGGGUUCCAGGGAAGAAGUGGCAUUCCAGCACUUCCAGGUUUUAGAGGUGAUCAAGGACCACAAGGGCAUCAAGGUCCAUCAGGAUCUGAGGGUAUACCAGGCCGUCCAGGUAGCCCUGGGUUGCCAGGUAUGCCAGGUCGUAGCAUUAGCAUUGGGUACCUUCUGGUGAAGCAUAGCCAGUCUGAUCAAGAGCCAAUGUGCCCCAUUGGCAUGAACAAACUCUGGAGCGGAUACAGUUUGCUAUAUUUUGAAGGCCAAGAAAAAGCACAUAACCAGGACCUUGGGCUGGCUGGCUCAUGUUUGACUCGGUUUAGUACUAUGCCAUUCCUCUACUGUAACCCUGGGGAUGUCUGUUACUACGCAAGCCGGAAUGAUAAGUCCUACUGGCUCUCAACCACAGCACCUCUGCCCAUGAUGCCUGUGGCAGAAGAAGAAAUUAGACCGUAUAUCAGUCGUUGCUCGGUCUGUGAGGCCCCAGCUGUCGCGAUUGCUGUCCACAGCCAAGAUGUGUCAAUCCCACACUGCCCUGAAGGAUGGCGUAGUUUAUGGAUUGGAUAUUCCUUCCUGAUGCACACUGCAGCUGGUGAUGAAGGUGGAGGGCAGUCACUGGUUUCUCCUGGGAGCUGUUUGGAAGAUUUCAGAGCUACCCCUUUUAUUGAAUGCAAUGGUGCCCGUGGAACCUGCCACUACUAUGCAAACAAAUACAGCUUCUGGCUCACUACUAUUGAAGAGCAAUUCCAGAGCACACCCUCUGCAGACACGCUUAAGGCAGGACUCAUCCGAACUCACAUCAGCAGAUGUCAAGUUUGCAUGAAAAAUCUGUAAAAAAAAAAAAAAUCUCUCCUAGUGUAAGGGAAAGGUUUCAGCCAUUUGUACGCAGUCAUGUUGGUGCUUAUGUAACUUAUUACCUCAGGAGUUGAAUGAAAAGUUAAUUUUAAAAAGGUGUCUGUAAAAACAACUCAGCACACUUAUACAAAGUAGCGCUGAUUUCUCCUACCAUACAGUAUAUUUUCACUAGUCUAACACUAUAUUAUUUGUUAACCAAUUCAGAUAGUCUUGAAACACCAAAAAACCCAUCCAGUUAUUAAUCUACAAAUUCUCUUGGUCAGAUACAUUCUCUUGGAAUAAAUGUAUUGUAUAUAUUAAUUGUACUAGUGUGAACCAUAAACUAACCACCAUAGUGAGAUGAGCAGUAACUAUAAUAAGAAAUUGUAAAUAGUACAACAAUGAAAUAAGCUUUAGGGACUGCUCAUUUAUCUGAGUCCCAAGUCCAGCGUUUCAAAACCAGGCACGUACUUUUGAAGUUUAUCUGGACACUGAAGAUGGAAAGACAGCUUGGUUAUGUUAGACUUAGCAGGUAUCUGCCAUCCUUUCUGUUCUGCCAUCCUUUCUGCUCCACCAUCCCCACCAACAUUUUCCAUCAGCCAAGGGAGCCGCAUUUAGUGAUCAUGCUCUUGCAGUGAACACCACUCAGCACUAAGAGCAGCCUCUUACUUCACAAACUUAUUGCAUUUUUCCAGCCAGAUCCCAUAUUCCAAGAUAACUGCAAAGUCCCUCACUCCUUUUUCUCCUGGGCAUUUGUUCUGUACCACACUGGUCUCAGGGGAUCAUAAUUUAUGAACAGCUUUGAGAACAAUUUAUAGACACCUUUGAGGUUAUAGAGCAACAACUAACUGCUCACCUGGAAAGCCCAGUUUUUGCAGAUGAUUUCCCUUAUGUAAAAUUACCACUCAGAAGGGGCAUAUCUACACAUGCAAUUAAUGCAACUGAAUAUACCCUGACUCAAUUUGAGUCAAAGUAAACUAAAUUCCGACAUCACUGUCUACAUGUGCAUUUAAGCAUAGUAAUUUACUACACUGCCAGAUACCACUUGCAUCUGACGAGACUAUCCAACAGCAAAAUAAAUUAGUUCACUGCUCUGUAAUUGCCACACACCUGUAGCUAGUGUCACUUUACUGCACAGCAAAUUAGUCUGUGGCAUAGUAAAGAGUCUUGUGUAGACGUACCCAGAGCUGCAUCACUUUCUACUCUGUAACCUACCUAAUUCAUCUCUGAGGGAGAAGCUGAUAAGAUGGGGAUGAUGGCAACAUUAUCAGCUGGCUCUACUGUUGGGAGGAAAUAUGGAAGGGCUAGAAAUUACUCAGCCAUGGAUAAGAGGUAGGUUUGGUAGUCUUUCCCUUAGUUAUCCAUCAAACAGGGCACUGGGUUUGCUAGAUAUCAACUUCACAAAGGUGAACUCUCUUCCUUGUAGAAUGAGAACAUUUGGCUUAGGGUUAAAUUGCCUGCCACUUUCCUAGGAGAGGAAAAAAGAACUCAAGUGAUUUAUUUUUAAUCAUUUUCUUGCAAUUCUCAGGCAGGACAGUGUUAGGUGUGCUGACUACCUAAUUUAAAUUGGGCAUGUUGCAUGCAAGAGUUUGAAGCCUCCCAAUCUGAUAGGAAAAGAACAAGAUACCAUAAACACUCAUACCAUAUUU